AUGCCAAUUGAAAAAAGUUCAUUUCAAACACGAUCUGAUCGUUUAACAUUACCAAAUUUUGAUGAACGUUUACGUGAAUUAGAAGAUAUUCGUUGUGAAUGUGAACAAGCUCGAACAUUAUCACAUGAUAUAUAUGCAGCUGAAACAUAUAAAGUUGCUAGUGAAGAACAUUCAAUAACAAUUAAACUUUUUUAUCAAUAUUUAUAUGAAGAAAAUACAUUUUGUAAUCAUGUAUCGAAGUAUUUAUCAUCACGAAUGCCUGAAAUUGAACAAAGAUUAGAAAAUGAUGAAUUAAUUCCAUCAUUUGGUUAUGAUCUUGCUAAACAUUGUUUAAAACGAAAUGAUACACUUAUUGCUUAUCCUAUUGAAAUAUGUAUUAGACUUUUAGAAAAUAGUUUAAAUGAACAAGGUCUUUUUCGUAUUGCACCAUCACAAGGAAAACAAAAAGAAUUAGUUGCUGAACUUAAUUUACAUGCUAUUGAUAGAGGAAGAACACUUUAUGAUCUUUUAAAAGAGAACUUCCUGAUUGUUU